AGAAUCAGCAAACUGUAGGCUGUUUUUCAGGUAUUUGCACUAAGGUGUGAGGAAUCGAUUAAUUAAUUACUGAUCACAAAAGUAAUGAUCACAAAGGCCUCUCAGUUAUUCUUUUGACAGUACAGACUCUGUUACUGAAACAACAGAAGUGCACCACCAGACACAGACACAUUGUUACUAGAUUGUGCAGAGAAUGACAUUCAAAACAUUUUCUGUCUACGAUGUGGCAUAAUAAUGAAGACACAGACAGGAAUAUGUGCAGUGGUGGAAAGAAAAGGGCCCUUAAGCUAUACAAUAGACUUAAGCUAUACAAUAGACUUUACAGUUGAAAAUGCACAUGGUAAGAUGGUGCUGUCACUCCAAAUGUCUACAUUUCUUCUAUUAAAGGGGAAAUACACCACAUUUUUGUAAACCAAGUUAAACAGAGUCUUGUGAUGUGAAAUGUGCUAUUCUUGAGAAGUUUGCUGAGUCAAAAUUGUUCAAAGUGGUGGUGAUAGGAACCAGACGUCUGAAGCAUGUAAUGUCUCCAAAAGCUACAUCACAGAAAGCUAUUAUAUAUAAUGUCUUGCCUGAUUCUUUUCCUCUGAUGGUGGAGAGGUACAUACAGGCUUUAUAAGACAAAAUAUUUCACAAAGAAAACUUAUUUGUUUUAGAUUUACCACUUUUUUAUUAUUAUUAACAUUACAACUAAAAACUCAUAAGACACAAGUAGGUUCAAUGGUGGAUUUGGAUAGUAUUAAAAUGGCUAUAUUUGCAUUGUAGACAAUGUGACCCAUCACUGUAAAGAAAUCUUGUACAUUUCUCUACAGUGAACCAUUUCACAGCAAACAAGUCUCAAUGACUUUGUUUACAACUGAACGACUGAUUCGGAAAUCGAUGGAAUUCCCUUUUUAAUGAUAGCAGGUUAAUAAUUUAUAUGCUAAUGUUGGCCUUCAUGAACACAUUCAUUUUAAAAUAAGUGAUUUUCUUUAUAGCACUGUUUUCACCUCUGUUGUUGUGUAUUGGGUGAUUUGUGGUACAAAUGAGUAUUACAUCUUGAGAAAACUUACGUUUUUGCAUACUUUAAACUCAUUAACCCUGUAGGAAAUAUGUCUUUGUGUGCACUGUUGACCAGGGUAGUGAAGUGAUGAGGCUCUCUGCAGUUUGGGUUUAUAACCACUAGAGGGAGCCAGAGUUACAGAGAAAAGCCACGAGUCCAAAAGUUUUGUCCCAUUCAUUGAAUAAGAAAGACCAACUGACUUUCCACAAGGAGGCGAUAUGACAGUUUUUUAACUCCUUUGUUUUUCCUCCCCUUUGUUUCCUUGUUGUUUUGUGUGUUUUCUUUUCUUUUCUUCAUUAUCCUAUUUUUUCCUGGCUUUGAGCCGCUUGAUGUUGUCUGAGUGCAGAUAAUCGUCUUUCAUUCGUUUACUGUCUGACAAAUAGGCUUUUCCAUUGAUUUCAUGCAUUUCAUGAAGUCGUGCAUUUUUAUGUGUUUAAUUCAUUGUAAGUUUCAUUUGGAAAAAAAAAGAAACAAAAAGCAUAUGCAAAAAAGUUUUGCAUAUGCUUAAUCCAGACUAAACAACGUAAACAGGCUAAACAGCUUUCGGCAGUGUUAUGUUUUGAAUCUCUGUGUUCCUCGGUGGUUUUGAGCAUGCUCAGUCAGCUUGUUUUCGACUAAGAACCUGGAGCCAUCAAUCAUCGGACAGGGCCCCGCCCCCCUCCGCACGUCCACCUCCAGGCCGAGCUGCUGAUUAGCUCUCUCACUGGUGACUUUUACAUAAUAAUGUGGCAGGCCCCGCCCCUUGUUUGCAGAGUUAAAGGUAGUCUAGAGCCAUGAAGCCCUUCAGUUAUUGUUUUGGACUGGAGGCGACGCAGACCACUCCCCAGUACUUUAAACGCGCUCCUCUCGCCGACCCUGACUCGAACAAGCAAGUCUGAGCUUUCGUUUUGACAACUUGCGAGGAGCGAAGAUGAUUUUCGACAGGCUGAAAAAGUUUGACAUUGUUUUCGACUCGCCCGAAAUCGACUCGCCUCCGGUGUUCAGCAGCGGAGAUGUGGUGUCCGGGAAAGUCGUGCUCGAGACGUCUGCAGAAAGUAAAUUGGAGUCAUUGAAACUACAUGCAGAGGGUUUUGCAAAAGUCCACUGGACGGAGUCUCGCAGUGCUGGUUCCAGCACGGCUUACACUCAGAACUACAGCGACGAAGUGGAGUAUCUGAACCAAAGAGAGGUGCUUCUGCAGGCAGAUAAUGGGGAACUGACCACCCUUCCUGCUGGUAGACAUGAAUAUCCCUUCAGUUUCCAGCUGCCUGAGGAGACACUUGUGACUUCCUUUGAGGGCAAGCAUGGCAGCAUUCGCUACUGGGUGAAAGUGAAGUUGCAUCGGCCCUGGUGCACAGUGAAGAAGAUCAAGAAGGAGUUUACAGUUAUUGAGCCCAUUGACAUCAACACACCAUCCCUACUUGCACCUCAGGCUGGAACUAAAGAAAAGAUGGCUCGUGCCUGGUACCGAAACUUUGGACAGGUUUCUAUCACUGCAAAGAUUGACCGUAAAGGCUAUACACCAGGUGAAGUGAUCCCAGUUUUCGCAGAGUUUGACAACUCAACUUCACGGUCUGUGGUGCCUAAGGCUUACAUCACGCAAACACAGACAUUUAUUGCAAGGGGCACCAUGAAGCAGAAACGAUCUGUUGUAGCUACACUGACUGGAGAUGUAGUGGGAGCACAACGCAGAGAGACCUGGCAUGGCAGAGCCAUCAAAAUCCCUCCUGUAGGCCCCUCCAUCCUCCAGUGUCGCAUCAUCAAAGUGGAGUACAUGCUCAGGGUUUGUGUGGAUGUUCCUGGGACCUCUAAGCUGUGCCUGGACCUUCCACUGGUCAUGGGAACUAUCCCACUCCAUCCUUUUGGCAGCCGCACCUCCAGCGUCAGCAGCCACUACAGUCUAAACAUGGAGUGGCUCCGCAUGGCCAUCCCCGAGCAGCCUGAGCCUCCUCCUGAAUACAGCUCAAUUGUGACUGAGGAGGAGGCCAUCCAGAAUUCUCCAGCUACUCGGCAGGAGGAGGACCUCAGUGGGGUGCUAGAGCGUCCUUUCAUGGCCUAUGUGCAGGAAUUCAGAUUCAGGCCACCUCCUGUGUACAGCGAGGUGGACCCAAACCCUCAGCCCUUCAAUAUGAGACCCCGCUGCAUGACAUGUUGAACACCGUUGCAUCUGAGCAUCAAUUGAUGAUGUCUUGAUUGAAACGAAGCAAGAGAUUUGCUUUCUUCUGGAUGCCCUGGAAUCUCUGAGACUGGUACCCAUCCCUUGGAAGCUGCCUCAUCACCCAAGGGUCUUCGGUACCACUGAGAAGGGGGCGGAGAAGGAGGAAAAGAUUGGACUAAGUGGCCGGACGGACUCCUUUCAAGUUCUUUCAAGAGAGAAAAGGACACAUGGUGAAAGGUGGAUGGAUUUUCUGGUCAUGUAAACGUCCUUAAUCUGUCUGUAAGCAGACUCUGGUCAGUGCCCACCAAUGAUUGUCAACCUAUGAAGCUUAUGUUUGGUGGAAUCAGAGGAAAAUGUGUUUUGGAGAAGGCUAAACCAAAAAAACAUGAAACAUUUAAUGCCUGACCAUGUAGGUCAAACGGUUAGGUGGCUUUUUCUGUAUUUAAAGUGGGUGGUUUAUUGCUACCACUCCAUAUCCUGUAAUAACCAUCUGUUAGCUGGGGCUGUAAUGUUUUAAAUGUUAGACCAUCAGUGGUAGCCAGAAAGUUUCCAAAGUGCAUUGCUUACCCAAUUUAUUUCUACCAUCAAGGAAAUAAUGUUGAUCUAAGCUCUCAUGAGGUCUUAGCUGUAUGCAGGUGAGAUAGAGUCUAAUGUGCAGGUUCAGACCUGCAGUGAAAUGCACGGGUAAUACUGGGCAUAAGGGAAAAAAAAAGUUAAGUUGUGUGCCAAGGAGAUUUGUCAGAUAUUGCAUGAGAAUCAUGGAAGCAGAAACUUUGUGUUUUUUUUUGUUUUGUUUUUUUUUCCUGAACAGAAAGCCGCCCUUGUGCUUUUGAAGUUUGUUAGUAACUUCUCAGGCUUGAGAAAGAUUGGACUGAUGUCACGUAGCUGGCCAUCAGGAUUUAAAUGUCUUAAGGAAUCGAAUGCAAAGCUACAUAUACCAAUGUUACUGGGAAUGAUCUUUCUUUUCUGAGAAUAGUGCUGAUUGGCUUUUGUGUUUUUGCCAGUGGUUUUAGUAAAUAUGAUUAUUUGCAACACAGCACAAAGCCGCCGCAGGCACAAUUAGCCUUAGAAGCAUCGGAAAGAUGACGAGCCGUGUUCGUUCAAGGUGCCUUAUUUUGUUGUUUUAACAGCAAUCAAUAUAAGUACAGGGAUUAUGCACAACAUUUCAUUAAGCUUUGAACUUAUGCCACUCUGAAGUGUACUUAACAUUCCAAAAAUAGGUAGGAUUUUCCUCAUUUCCAAAAAACUUCAGGUUUGGAACACAUUGAAUGUAAUGUUUAUGGCACUCGUGUAAAGAAAUGAAUGUAUUUUCUAGACUUUUUUCAUGUUAAAACUAUAUUUUGGUAAUCAUUUUGUAAUAAAAGUUACACAAAAACCUCAA